AUGUUUUCUUUGCAAGCUUAUCGCGGCAAAAGGAUGACCUCGGGCACGGAUGUCGAACUAUCGGAAGUACCGUAUCAAGUAUCGUUUCGAUUUAUCGAACCGGAUCGUCAUUUAGGCAGUGGUGCAAUCCUGAACGUACGAUACGUCAUUACGCAGGCUUCUUUCAUAUGGAAGCUGAUGCGUACCUAUCCCGAACAAUCGCUAUCCUCAUUAGCACGGAUUCGUUUGGGACAAGUGGAGCUGCAAUCGAAAGCGGACGAUCAAUUGCGCUCCAUAUAUGGGUACACGUUUCAUCCUGAUUUCGAUUUUGAGGCUGCGCGUAAUGAUGUGGCCCUGGUGCGUACCCUUGAGUAUAUUGAGUUUAACAGAUUCGUACAACCAAUUGCUCUACGCAAGGGUCCGAUUCCGGAUGGAAGUGUGGUGAUGUAUACGGACUGGGGUGCCGAAAAGGAUACGGCGGCCCAGGAUGAUUACAAGGAGAAGUUACAAAAGCUAGAAGCACGUGCAAUAUCAAAUGAACAGUGUAAAGAGCUGCUGAAACCAUGGGAUUUGCAAGAUUUGGUAUACGACACGAGAGUGUGUAUCUACACCAACGGAACAGGAAGCAUCUGCACGGGUAACGUUGGAGGACCACUGGUAAUAUUUGAAGAAGGACAACCGAAACUCGUCGGUGUUAUGUCGUACGUGUACAGAGCAUGUAACGCUUACGUGCCGGGUGGAUUCGAACGGCUUUGGAAUCACUACGAAUGGGUCACUAAAACGUCAACGAUAGACUAUAGUUUUGUAAAUUUCGGUAAAAUGUGUCGUGCGGUACGCAAUGUAGCUGCACAACUAUUAGAACAGAACAAAGAAACUGUACGGCGACGAAGGGCAUUGAAAAAUUCCUUCUUAUAA